ACACCUAUAUAACAGACGGUGGCUCGACUGUCAUGAAGUGAAUCCCAGAUCACGUUUUUCGUUUUCAAGAGAACAGUGAGUGAAUUUGUGCUGCACUAUGUCCACAGACGUCUGGUUCUCUUGACGUCAGGAGAAGUCUGAGCGCACCCAGCGCUGCGCACAAGCACAGCAACCACAUCGCUCCCAGAGGCAAGGAGAACACAUCACAGCCACAGAUCGCCGUUUAGCUGUAGUGUGGCGAACCUGAUCAGCAUUGUAGGAUGCCUCUUGGAGAGGAUGGAAAUGGGUGGAAAAAGAAGACAUCAGACAUCAAAGAACACUAUGACUUCAAAGAAGUGCUGGGAACGGGAGCUUUCUCAGAGGUGGUUUUAGCAGAGGAAAAGAGGACCCAGAGGCUGGUGGCCAUCAAGUGCAUCCCUAAGAAAGCAUUGGAAGGCAAAGAGAACAACAUUGAAAAUGAGAUUGCAGUACUACACAGAAUCAAGCACCCCAACAUUGUUACGCUGGAAGACAUUUUUGAAAGUACAUCCCAUCUAUACCUUGUCAUGCAGCUGGUAUCUGGAGGUGAGUUGUUUGACAGGAUUGUGGAGAAAGGUUUCUACACAGAGAGAGAUGCCAGCCAACUCAUCCACCAGAUCUUGGAUGCAGUCAAAUAUCUCCACGAUAUGGGGAUCGUCCACAGAGACUUGAAGCCAGAGAAUCUGCUGUAUUACAGUUUAGAUGAAGACUCCAAAAUUAUGAUCAGUGACUUUGGACUGUCAAAGAUUGAGGGAGCAGGCAGUGUCAUGUCCACAGCAUGCGGUACUCCUGGAUACGUGGCUCCCGAGGUACUCGCUCAGAAGCCAUACAGCAAAGCAGUGGACUGCUGGUCCAUAGGAGUUAUUUCUUAUAUUCUGUUAUGUGGCUAUCCUCCGUUUUACGAUGAAAAUGAUGCCAAGUUAUUUGAGCAGAUUCUGAAAGCAGAGUAUGAAUUUGAUUCUCCGUACUGGGAUGACAUCUCAGAUUCAGCCAAAGACUUCAUCUGUCACCUGAUGGAGAAAGACCCUUUGAAGAGAUAUACAUGUGAGCAGGCCCUCCAGCACCCAUGGAUCUGCGGAGACACAGCUCUGGACAAAAAUAUCCAUGAAUCUGUCAGUGCUCAGAUCAAGAAGAACUUUGCCAAAAGUAAAUGGAAGCAAGCAUUUAAUGCCACAGCGGUGGUGCGCCACAUGCGAAAGUUGCAACUGGGCACUAGUCUCGAGGGACCCAGUCAGAUUACUCCCACCAGUCCCUGCCAUGGACAUCUGCUCCCAGAGGAAGAGGAGGAGGAAGAUGAUUUGGGGAAUGGGGAGGAGGAGAGCUUGUCCCACUACGAGGAUGGCCGUCGUGGAAGCACCGAGGGCAGCGCAGAUCGGGACAGCCUGAGAAGCUGCACCUACUGCUGCAGGCCAGCCAGCCGCGUUUGAGCACAACCUCCUGUUGUCAUGGUGACAUUGUAUCCCUGGAGCGCCCAGAGCCCGUCCGCCCGCCCAGUCUGGCCAGGAAUGCAGAAUAGUUAUCAGGCAAUGUCCACCAGAGUACAUCCACAGUGAGCAGGUCACUGUCCCAGUGUGGAGAACCAUUCUGUAAGUCUUUUAGUCCCAAACAAAAAAAAUACACAUCCCUACUCAAGACACAGAAGUUUUAAAUUUUUUUUUUGCAGAACAGAAGGAAAGGCUGCUCCGAGUGGACAGUGAUUUAAAGAAAGGGCCAGUCUGCAUGAUUAGCAACCUGACAUGUAGUUGUCCUUUGUGCAGCUAUAGCAGACUAGGGAUCAUGUGUGUUCAUUACAAGAACUGGUUUUGGAUGUUAGUUUCAGGAUGGAUCCACGCGUCUGGAGUCUUCUCCAUUAUUUUUGUUCUCACAUUAUCUGUCACAUCUACCUCUAAUCAUAAUUACCGUCUGUCUACAUCCAUAUGGCUCACACAGUCUACAUUACUGGCAGCUUUCUCCAAAAAUCUGGCCGGACAGGGCACAAAGAAAAGGGGAACGCUUUCUAGAAAGAAAUACUGAAAGCUACUCCUGCAUGUCUUUUAACUCCUUACCCAUCAAUGUGACUCGGUCUAGUCACUGAUCAAGUAGCUGUUUAGUUGAAUAGAGUUAAUCUCAAGGCAUGACUUCACUGCCGAUGCCACCUUGCCCAUUUGUUCUGUUUGAACAUUGUCUUUUUUUGCUCAUAUUAACUGUUUCUGUCCUUUUAUAAGUAGUUAUUACUUUUGUUUAAAGCCUUUUUACAGAAAGUGGAGGGUGAUUCUGAGGGUUAUGGACUCUAUAUUCUGGCUCAGACUGGGUUUGUGAAGAUCGGUUCUGAACUGGAGUGACUGCAUGUAUCUGUUUGGGAAAACAUUGAAAUAUGAAUAUUAAAAGAAUACUUAUUUUUUGUUUAGUUUUAUGGCUUUUAGAGGCUCAAACUGAGAUCCCCGUCUAGACUAAAAGCCUGGACUCAAAGUCUAAGUCUGUAAAUCACAGGAAUCGGAACUUCCUCUGUGGGCUCACAUCAUGUUAGGAGGAGUCAUUUUGAAUGUGCGAUUAUUUUGAGAAUCUACUGUGAGUGGGAAGAAAACCAUCAUAUUCAUAUCACACUCAUCCUACCUGUUCUGUUUCUGAUAAGCGUCUAAAUAUCAGCCUGCUGUCAGUCUCUGGAUCUUAUGCCGAGUCGCAGGGAUCUCAGUCUGGGCGCUCUGCCUGCUCUGUGCUGUGCACCUCUAGUGGAAGAAGUUUUGGUCUAUUGUUUGCAUGACCUGGUUAAAUAUGUUUACAUGAAUGAUGAUCAAUUAAUAUAAACACACAUGAUUAUUAUUACUCUGUUGUAUUGAAAAAUGAUGUAAUACUGUAAUUUUGAGGUAUAUAAUGUGAAGUGAGUAACACCAGAAGUAAUGUUGUCGACAAAGUACAACACAGCACAGUGGACUUAUCAUUUGCAUUGACUAUGAUGGUCAAGUGACAUUUCUCUUGUACUGUUUAUUUACAACUCAAUUAUUGUUUUUUUUUUAGUCUGUUUUCUUGCCGUUGCUUAUGUAGAAUCUAUUUAUUAUUCACUGAUACCCAGGCACAAGCAGAAAAAAAUACACAUCUCCUAAUUUUACACAGGUGCCAGCCACAGUACAAAACAUGAAAGAAAAACAUCACGGUGCUGGAAGCAUUACCUGUCUGCCAUGGGAGCAGCUUUCAGUGUGCUCGCUCUACAUUUGUCCUCCUGGGUAGAUGAACUACAGCACUAAAGCCAUACAAUGAAGUGGGGAUGUUUUACUGUAGAUUCACAUAUGUCGUCAUCUUAUAAAUAUACGGCUCAGAUGAAGGAUGACGAUGUUUCGGCACAAUAUGUAAUGUAAAGAAAAUCUCCCUGAAACUACUUUAAUCCUGAUAUUAAUCAUACCAUACCAUUGCUAAUUUAAAGUAUGUCAUGACACAAUGCUGUGUUAUUAGUUAACUGUAGAGAUAGCCAACCAAUCCCGCAUAAAACCAGUUUCCUCGAUAUGUCAUUGAUACUUACAGGUCCAUAGUACAAUAAAAGAAGGCAAUCACUCUAGAUUUACAUGACUGUAAGUGUGGAAAAUAUGCAAACUGUGUGAAGGGCUUCAUGUUAACUGUAAGAUAGCCAAUGUUAAUGACUUUAAUAACCUGGCUAUUUUUUGUUUGGUAAUGACCUUAUAUUGAAUCUUACCUGGGAUUUGUUUCAACUUGGCUGUGUUUUAAAAAAAAGAAGAAGCUUAUU